AUUUCCGACGGAUUGCGAGUGAUGCAGAUGGCUCGCUGAGCGAAGAAAAAAAAAUCCAUGUCCGCUGGAAUUGGCCCGAAGUGGUUUCGAAAAAGAAAGCCACCUUUCCCGUGUGUGUGUCCUGUAAAGGAGGCGGACCGUUUACAUUUACAGCAUAAGUGCGAGUGUGUGUGCAUGUGUGUGGACACGUGCGUGCAGAGCAACAGUGCGUGCGUUUUCCAUCACGAAGCGAAAAACUCGACACCGCACCAUCGUCCCCCCUCCCUUCCCUGUCUCUUUCCUCAAUCUUCCGAUCAAACGAGCAACGGGCAUUUUACGGUAGUGUGCGUAAUAGCCUGCCUGGCUCGGUGUGUGUAUGUGUGUGUGCGUGUCCGUGUUGCGGUGCUGCUACUGCUGCCUUCUGCCUGUGUGUGCGUGAAGACUGUGGUGACGUGCGACGAAGAAGAAGCGGAGCAGGCGAAGAAAGCGAAGCAGGAGAAAAUUCGGAGCAAUGUGCAGUGUUUGAGGUGAAGCGAAAAGCUCGGUCGGAAAAAGUGUUGUUGUAAGUGGAAAGCGACAGCAAGAAAAAGAAAGAAGGAAAAACACAGUGCCCCCCACCCCCCUUUGAAUCUCGUUUCCAAGAAAAGUGGCAGAAAAUCUAUGUUGCGAUUCGCAAGCUGUGUGCGUGUGUAGCUGUGUGUGUGCGUACGUUCCUGUGCGUGUGUGGGUCUCGGGCUCGGUGUGCGUUUUUAUCCUUGUGUGUGCGCGCGGGUACGCGUGUCGGAUAACAGGGGGCCAGUUUCCUGGAAAAUCUCGGUCAACGGUGGUGUGUUUUCUUUUUGGCUCAUCGCCGUGUGUGUGUGUGUGCGUCUGUAAAGGGGUGUGUGUGUGUGUGUGUGUGUGUGCGUUUGCUGUGUAACAAGAUUUACAGCUGUGUAAAAUCCAGCACACCCAGCAAUCUCAAGUGUACAAGUUCCCUUCAUACUACCUGUGUGCGUGUGAGUGUGUGUCGCGAUGUAAAGUGUGUGUGAUCCGUUUCGUUCCACAUAUAUUUUUUUGUUCUUUUUGUGUCGCUUUGUAUGCGAUAAAAGUGUAUCCUGAGUGUGGUGCCACACAACGACGAGGGUUUCCUUGUCUUCCCCCUUUCGAACACCCCGUGGGAAAGAAGCAAAAAUAAAAAAAAAAAUGUGCCAGUGCAGUGAAUAGAAGGAUAUUCGAUUGUGCUGUGGUGUCUUUUUCCUUAUUCCUACCCCCUUCUUCUUUUUCUUCGACCGUGCCCGCUCGAUGGAUGCAAAAAUGGUGUUCCGCAGCAGUAGUGUGAGCACAUACUGCAAAGAAGCAGUAUAAGUAGACAUCAACAUCCCGUUGCAGAAGCAGCAGCAGCAGCAGCAGCAACAUACAGACACACACACGUGUAUCGGCUUGUACGCGGAUAUCGGAAACAGGGCAGGCGACGACCGUACGCUGUCGAGACAGGAUAAUAAGGCAGUCACAGCAAGAGAAAAAGGACACAGAAGGCAAGGCGAAACAGCGAAAUUCGGAGCUGCGGCGAAUAAGGACUUUGGAGGGGCGAAUGUUAAGGAUUGUGUGAUGUAAAACGAACGUUUUCUCGACGAAUCUGCACACAAAAAUUCUCUGCCGGAAGUGUGAAGAAAGGAAGAGAGAACAAGAGAAUCGAAAUGAGGCUGUAAAAAGAAUCGCAUCGAGAAUACAGACACACACCAACACUAUGACCGUUAGUGUACGGCACUGUCAGUUAGCGUUUGUUUUAGAAGCAGCAGCAGCAGCAGCAGCAGCAGCAGCAGUAGCAGUAACAGUAGCGCCGGCAACCCUUUGCACCAGGUCCGUACAACCGGCAGCUGGUCCGGCAGGAUCGGGUCCCCGUUCGGCAGCCUCCGGGGAGCAUGUUGGUUGCGAGCAGCGGUCGCCUGUUCGCGCACUGUGAUGUCGUAGAUAUGGACUGUAACGCUGGCAACAGUAACGGUGGCAACGGCAGCAACAGUAACGGUGCUAACGGCGUCGGUGCUAACCUCUUCUCCCGGCAGCACUCGAUAACGGGGAUCGGCGGCGGCGGCGGCGGCGGUAACGGGUAUUCGCUGCUGUUGGCAAACGGUGGUGCGCCAGUCGGCUCGUCCGGCAUACCGUCCAGCAGCACCAGCUCGCUGCGGUGCGACAAGGUGAACGGUAACGCGUCGUCGACGAUCCUGGGCAGCAACAGCAUCAUCGGCGGCGGCAGCAGCAACAAUAUCAGCAGCCUCGGCACGGGCGGGCUGACCACGUUUCAGCCGGCCCUGAUUGGGCCGCCGUCCUCGCUGAAAACGUCCUCGCUAACCUCGUCCGCGAUUCUGUUCGGGGGCAGCAGCGGUAAUUUGAGCAGCAUCGGCGGGAAACCGACGGGCACGGGCGGAGGCGGCGGCACGCAUAAGUGGAUCGGUUCGCUGUGUGAUGGUGCUACCUCGAUCGGGUACAGCAGCGGUAGCAGCAGCAAACUGAAUCAGCAACUCCACUUCCAGCAUCCUCAGCAGCAGCAGCAGCAACAGUUGCUUCUACUUCAGCAUCAUCAGAAUAAGCAUCAUCAUCCUCAUCUGUCUCAGCAGCAGCAGCAGCAGCAGGGAUCUCAUCCACAGCACCACCAUCACCACAGCUUGCCGGUGACGACGAGUGGCCCCAGCGGUAGCAACAUGCUGGACAGUCUGACCUUCCGCCUGUGCGAUGUGGAUGGCGCGGUGGCCAGCACCAUGUCCAACCCGAACGGUGGCAACGGGGCAAGCAAUGGAGCUUCCACGAACGGCAGUACGGCGGGGGGAGGCGGAGGAAGCAUACUGAUGGUGGUGCCGCCCCAAUCGGGCAGCGGGAAACAGUCACAUUCCUCCGCAAUCAAUGCCGGUGGUGGCGGUGGCGAGCGGCACUCGUACGCUUCCCAUGACCAUCAGCACCAGCAGAAAAUGGUGGCAGCCCAGCAGCAUCACCAUCAGCAACAGCACCAGCAACACAGUAGCAAUACCAGCAGUAGUAGUAGCAAUAACAGUGCUGCAAUUGCCGCCGCGAGUGACGUCCCGAUAAACUAUAGCAAAAUGACGCGCAUCAGCAAGAUGGGGCUCAGUGCCGAUGCGGUCCAUCAGCACCAGCAGCAGCAGCAGCAGCACCAUCACCACCACCAUCAUCAUGACAGUUCGGCUUCGGUCUCGAUACUGCCCACCUCGUCCGCUGCCGCCGUGCAGCAGCAGCAGGCGCAACAGCAAGCCCUGCACAAGCAGCAGCUGCACCAUCUGCGCAGUACGGUCGGCGGGAGCAGCGGUAAUGUGGCGAAAGGGAAUGAUGCUUCCGCCGCCGCCAGCUACUGCAAGGUGACGCGCAUCGGCAACAUCACGCUGAUGGACCCGGAAGACCAAACGAUGCUGCCGUCGCACCUGCUGGGCAACAGCAGCAACAGCAGCACUACGGGCGGCAGCAGCGGCGGCAGCAGCAGCAACAACACGAUGAAGAAGGACGAGGUGAGCUUGACGAAGGUGGCCAAGUUGGGACACUCGGUUGAUCAAAAGGUGUGUGAUUUGCAGCAACAUUUCAUUCAGCAUCAUCAGCACCAGCUGCAACAGAUGCAGCAGCAGCAGCAGCAGCAGCAACAGGGUGCACAAAAGCAACAUGCUCAGCAGCAGCAGCAGAAAGAGCAGCAGGGCAAUGGUGGGGAGGAGGUGCGAAUAACGGAGAGCUUGGCACCGUUCGAGGUGCUGCGGCUGUACAUGGACAAGCUGACGCAGUACGAGCAUCACGAGAUCUACAACUAUCCGCGCAUUUACUUCAUCGGUGCGAACGCGAAGAAGCGGCGCGGGGCGGGCAACUCCGACUACGACAACGAGCAGGGCUCGUACAUCCAUAUCGCGCACGACCACAUAGCGUACCGGUACGAGGUGCUGAAGAUCAUCGGCAAGGGCAGCUUCGGGCAGGUGGUGAAGGCGUACGACCAUCGCAACUUCCAGCACGUGGCGCUGAAGAUGAUCCGCAACGAGCAGCGCUUUCACCGGCAGGCGCAGGAGGAAAUUCGCAUCCUGAAGCAUCUGCGGGCGCAGGACCGGUACAACUCGAUGAACAUCAUCCACAUGUACGACAGCUUCGUGUUUCGCAACCACAUGUGCAUCACGUUCGAGCUGCUGUACAUCAACCUGUACGAGCUGAUCAAGAAGAACAAGUUCAAGGGCUUCAGCAUGCAGCUGGUGCGCAAGUUCACCCACUCGCUGCUGAAGUGUCUGGACGCGCUGUACAAGAACAAGAUCAUCCAUUGUGAUAUGAAGCCGGAGAACAUCCUGCUCAAGCAGCAGGGCCGCUCGGGCAUUAAGGUGAUCGAUUUCGGGUCUAGCUGCUUCGAGAACGAGCGCGUCUACACGUACAUCCAGUCGCGGUUCUACCGGGCGCCGGAGGUGAUCCUCGGCGCCAAGUACGACAUGGCGAUCGACAUGUGGUCGCUCGGGUGCAUCGUGGCGGAGCUGUACACCGGGUCGGCGCUGCUGCCGGGCGAGGACGAGUACGACCAGAUGGCGUGCAUUAUCGAGCUGCUCGGCAUGCCGCCGCUCAAGCUGCUGCACAAUGCCCGGUGGCCGUCGCGCUACUUCGCGUACGACGGGGACGAUCAGUUCCCGCACUACUGCUCGCUCAGCUUCCGGGAGGAUGGGCGGGAGGAGAUCCAGGGUAGCUAUAGCAAGCGCGGACGCUACCGCGGUGCGCCCGGCACGCGCGAUCUCGCCAAGGUGCUGAACUACUGCGACGAGCUGUUCCUCGACUUCGUGAAGCACUGUCUGCGGUGGGAUCCGAAGCGACGCAUGACGCCGCAGGAAGCGCUCAACCACAACUGGUUCCACCGGAUGCUGCCCCAGUCGCCGCAGGUGGUGAAGGUGAGCGAUGGCGGGUCGGAGUCGGCCGCCUCCACAACGGUUAGCAGCGGCACGGUGGCCGGCGGCAGCUCGUCCCACUCGACGGCCAGCUCGAUCAGCAAGCAGCUGAGCUCUUCGAUGGUGAGCGGCGGCGGCGGCGGCACGCUGGAAAGCAAUGCGGGAGGCAGUCUGGCGGCGGCGGCGGCGGCAGCGGCCGCCGGCACCAUUUCCAUGGGCUCCUAGCAGAAGAAAGCGCUCGCAGCGGUGGCAACCUCCUCGUCGUCCGGGGGGAUGUCGGUGUCGUUGAAGAAAGUUUCCUCGGCACUGUCGCUGCCGGCGGGCUGCGGUAUCGGCGGCGGCCUCAGCAAAACAUCGCCCACGGCCGCCUCCUCGCUGCUGUCGUCCGGCAUUUCCAGCUCGAUGAUAACGCUGGCUGGGUCGAUGCAGCAGCCGACCUGCCAGCGGCAAGCGACCUCACUGCAGGCCCUGCUCGAGGGGCGAAUACUGGCGACGGGGCGCACGGUCGCCUCCCUGGGGUUGGACUCGUCUUUGGUGAUUCACGGUAGCAAAGCGGCAGCCAAGGGUGACGGGGUAGUGGAACCGGGGCACGGGGAACGGAGAAGGCAUCAUCAGGCGUCCAUUUCCGACCACCAGCCGUCGACGGCUCAGCUGGCCGCCCUGGCCCUGGGCACGACGGCGGACGGUAGCAGUAGCAGCAAUAAUCAACCACAACCUCCUCCUUCCACUCAUCAUCACGGCGGCCCGGCGGCAAGUGGUGAGCAGGGGGGAAGCUAAAACUACGGCGCCGUUAAGCGCGCGCAGUGCUUUUGUCCCCAGGAAGUCGUCGUCUUUCAUACAGUAACGUAGGAUAAAUAAUCGUGCUUAGCAAGGAGUGUGUGGCGGAGAAGGUACGCGCGGUCUCAGUUUAAGGUGCAAGCAAGCAAGCGAACGGACAGUGUUUGCUGCAAAACGUGUGCAGAGAGCUUUUUCCCGGGCGGAGCAAUGUAGAUAGGCAAAUUGGGAAGCGAGCGGUGUCGCUAUUGAAAGUGUGUUUGUGCUUGAGGGCUAUUACGAUAUAUUUUUUAGCUAAUUUUCUCAUCUUCUGAACAGUUCGAUUAGCAGACACAAAUGGACAGAAGGACUACCCAUACUACUGUUGCAUGGGCAAUUCCAUGGUUACUUUGAAUUGGUAUAGUAACUCACCAGACUUUUAUGCAGCUUAUUUUUUAUUGAAUUUGUUCUCAAACAUAGCCAAUGUUGGACUCGCGUAAUUCAUAUCUUGUGAUUUCUAAUCCUCAUCCUAAUAUUCAUUUAUCACACUGCCUUUUAUGUUUAGUAAUGGAUUUGUUUUCCAUGGAUCGGUUCGUUUGGUCGAUAUACACUAAAAGGACUAAAAGCUGGCGUGGCGAAUAGUGCGCUGCAUUUCAUCAUAUCCCAUCCCCCGUUGGCCCGGGGUUAAAGGAUCAACGACAUUAGAGAUUGGUAAAAGCCUGGGCGUCUUUGUGCGCAAGGGGUAGAGCAUAGUGAAGAUACUGUUUAAAGAUUAAAGAACAACUCAAACGCAGGACAUUGACCAUUGAAGUAUCAACAAGUGUGUGUACCUAAAGUAUAUCAAAACAGAACGAUCUGCGUAUAAAAACAAACCAAUACCAAAAAGAGAGUGAAAGUUGUGACGAUUUUAAUGAGAUUGAGCGUGGUAGUGUUGGAAAUUCUUGACCUGCGAGGUGAUUUAUUUGGACCCAUACUAACGAACGAAUCGCUAAAUUAGCCCCCCCCCUCCCCGGAGAAUGGCGAUUGUCGAAAUAUCAUUAAAAGAAUAGGUUUUUUCCCCACGCCCCUCCGCCGAUGGGAUGUACACGUUUGUUGUCAAUCAUUAUUGUCUUAAAGAGUUGGGUGGUCGUGUAGAAGGACACUACGCUGCUUGUUAGCAAAAUUAGACUGAAGAAAAUGAAAUGAAAAGAUGGGUGUGACGGGGCCCACCCGUAAUGCUCCCUUUAGUACGCUAAACUAAAGUAUGCUUAUCAUCCUAGCUAGAGCAAUUGUUGUCGUCGUGUGUGUGCGUGUGUAGGAAAUGUAGUUUAUUUUAGUCUAAUUCUCAUUCCUAUCGACACACAGGACAUAACAUAAUUUGUACAAUGGAAUAGACUUUACGAUCAUCAACCCCGUUGCUCUCCCAAACACACACACAAACACACACAACUAUAGUAUUACUUAGCUGAUAGCGGAAGACCACACACAACUUACUCACGGUCAACCUCAAAAUGCUCAAAUAUUAUCAAUAAUCAAUCACUAUCACCCGUUCACUCUCCCCACUUGUAUUACACACGAGACACGUGGUAGACGCGCGUAAAAGACGUACAACAAAACCCGCGUAAAGCGAAACUAACUGCCAAUUAACGUAUAGGAAAGAGCCACUCAAUCGUUUAGAAAAGACACAUUUCGUAGCGAAAAUUGGGUGUGUUACCAAGCGAGGAAGUCGAGGAUUGAAAGGAAGUAAAAAAAAAAAGAACACAACCAGACACCAUUAAAUAUGACAAAUAAUCCCCAAUGUUGUUUUCCGUAUUUUUUUUUUUGUUGCUUUACUUUGCUUUGAUUGUAUAGCGUACAGAAGCGAAGUAAAGCAUGAAAUAGUCCAACCGCUAUUGUGGCGCAAUAUAUUGUAUGCGUGUACAGCAAAGUACAGCUAAACGUUUAAAGUAUUUAAUCGCCUUCCCACACACACAGACACACACACGCCGGGUGGAUCCGGAUCUGUCUGUGGUUGCCAGCAAUAAGAGAUUUCGUAUUUCAUGUUCACUAGCUUUUUUUGUUUUGUUUUGUAUUAUGUUUACGCCCUGUGUACUUAUGGUUGAUUGUAUGCAGAUGAAUUAUAAACAGUGUAAAACCCCCGUCUAGCUGAAAUGUGUCUCAACAUUAAGUUUAUUCACAAUUUUGGAAGGAAAACAAAGUCCAUGCUAAGAUUUGUUUCGUUCAACUACCAAACAAUCAUAUAAUCACCCAAAUUUCGCUUCUCUAAUCGCACUGGUAUGAUAUAAACCGAUGAUAACUGGUAUGAUAGAUAAUGAGGAAAAAAGUAUGGUAUAAAGACAAAAGGAAAAGGUUUAUAAAGCACACACACAAAUCGCAAUAUGUCGUUAAGAAGGGACACACGCCGCAAGACACAUUGAUCAAAUUAUCAAACAUUGUAACGGCUUCGUGGGGAAUGGGAUGCGUAGAAGAAGAAAACAAAAAAAAACAGUACAUUUGUCGUCUGUAUUUGCUGUGAGUUUUGUGUCCGUUUGUGUGUCCGUACGAUGCUGUGGUGUGAUGGACGAUUUUCUAGCCGCGAAACCGAAACUAAGUAAUCAAAAGGACUGCACACUGUAAGCUAGAAUGAAUAGAGAAGUAAUAGAACAUAGUAGUAGUAGUAUAGUUUUUUGAUGGGAAGAAAGGGUGCGAACCCCUCAAGUAAGGGGGUUUGUGACGCCCUGGAGAGGAAUAGUAAAAUUAUAAGUGACGAAACGGACAAACUAACUAAAGGAGAGCCACUGAAAACACUCUCACGCACUUGCCAGCCGCGAAUCAAAAGUGCAUUAGAAUUGUAGAGAAUAUACAUCUCAACCAACACACAACAACACUACUACGUAUGAGUUAGUGGAAAGGAGCAUAAGAUAAUUGUAGAGAUCCUAACCGCAUCAAAUGAGAGCAACACGCUAUAAUUGGUAGAUAAGGAUGGACGGAGAACGCUAUAGCUAAUUUAGAUGACGAACGUCACGUUGCAAGAAAUAAGGCAUGCUACUAGGCAAUAAGGUAAAACAAAAAACAACAUUGUAAAUAAAGAGUAAAGUA